AUGCUGGUAGAAAACGCAGCAGACCCAAAAGGAUCUCCAGAAAAGCUACUUAAAGAGAUGCAAAAGGAUCUGCAUUUUUUCGACACUUCUACGACUAGUAAAAGGCCAGGUCUUCUUCAUGCGGUAAACACAAAAGGCAGCCAGAAUAAGCAACGUGGAGGUUCAAAAACGGAGUUGGCGGCUGUAAUAGAAGAGGAGAUUUCCGGUCUGCGUAGACUGACACAGAAAUAUCAUCAUAUAGACCUGUCAGGAGCAACCCCUGACCUGCCUAUGCUAACACUUGGACGUCCCAGCAAUGUUGGAGGCCCUGAAGACACAGACGUCCGUGGAAUGCUACAAGCUGCCUCUCCGAAUGAAAGUUCUUCUUCAGAGGACCUCGAAGAAGUGGAUGAUGCUGAUGAGGACGAUGCCUCUUCGGUUUCCUCAACAAUGACCCACUUGCCGUUUAUGUCCCCCUUUUGCUGUAAUCUAGUGGAGCAAACGAGCGUAAAGGCUUCUAGGAGGGGGCCGCGGGAUAGGGAUACGCAAGACAACUUCUCGUCUGAAGUGGAGGAUCUGCUUCCCAAAGAUGAUGUUGACGCCCACGACCUUUUGCCCGUUAGAAGCAAGUACUACAGGCGUAACUUCAAACGCUUGCAAGCUUCUGGGGCUUUUCGCUACACUGGUGUGCAUCCGGCGGAUUUAUUCGACAAAGAUGGGCUGUUCCGACCCACGGCUUUAGACUGGAAAACUGGCAAGCAUGAUGCAGUUUUAGCCAGGGAGCAUGAGGACGAGGCUAGAGAGCGGAAGAGGCGGCAAAGGCUCUUUCUCCUAGGAGCUGAACUGACGAAAUUGCGGAGGCAAGAGCAAUUAAAGGCAGCAGUAACUGCAGGGGAAUGCACGGAGGAGGAUGAGAAGUCGGCCAAAGCGAGAUCAACAAGAAUGCAAGAAGUUUUGGCUUAUGCAGAGGUGCUGAGAAAAAUGGGCAUUCAUCACAAGAAGGGAAAGAGCAGGAUGAAAGGUACUAGAAGUGCUAGAUUUUCUUUGUUUUUGCUUGUGAUGUGCAUGUGGAAGUGCAAUCUUGCUUCAGCUUUAGUUACCGUAUUUUUUUACUCGUCGCCUUAGAAUUUUCCAUGUAGCAAAGGUGCCAUUUACCGUGACUACUUCCAAGUAGUUCAUGAUUACAUGUCUUUUGUCUAAGCUGUACUGCAUUGUCCUUUGCGUUUCUUUGAAGUACUCUUGUUUAAAUAGCUUCAGAAACUCUCAUUUAACGCCAACUCCUCAGGCCGCUCUUCAAGAAAAGCUUCAUGGAAGCAGAAGCUCGCUUUGGGCGAUGAGGAUGACCAUGACCACAGCGAACAAGAUAAUACUAGACCUUCAAUAAAAGGCCUUGACGAUCCAGAUCGCUAUAAUAGUUCAGAUCGCUACACUCCUGAAAGGCUGGAAGGGAACUACGAUCAACGCCUGCGGGAUAUGUUCCUCAGACCCUUCGACACCUGGGGAUACAAGGGCUUGCCCCACGUUUUUCCCAGGGAAGCAGUCCUGAAGUCCGUGGAUCGAGUGCGGCUAGAAAGGGAAGUUAGAGGAUUCCUGGAUGAUGACUUCUCCGGAGGUGAGGAUAAUAUUAAGGGUUGGAAGUUGGUAGAGGAUAGCAUUGCAGAUAAUAUUAUGGGUAGCAUAUCAGAUAAGGCUAAGGCUCAAUACAACAAUGCAUUUCUGCAAGACAUUUGUCCCAGUUUCUCUCUUGGGAUUCUGAAGAAAUGUCAGCAAGAAAUGAUUUUGGUAUCUCUAUGGGCAACAUCUCUAUGGUUUCUUCAAGUAGGAAAGUCAUAGAUAUGCGUUCUAGAGCGGUCAACCUCAACUUUCAACCUCUAAUAAAUCAGAUAAGGGAAAAAUACUAGAAAUGGCUAAAAAUAUGGGACGCGGCGGAGGCAGAGGAGAUGCCGAUCUUCGUCUGGAGGACCAACUGCUCUUCAUACCAAAGAGACGAAAAUCCCCGUCCAGAAGAGUAUCUACUUCGGCAAAAAGAGGAAUAAAGGCUUCUAAAAAUACAUCUUCUUCUUCGACUUGUCGGACGAGCAAUAGCGCUUACUUACAACUGGCGAGCAGAUGGUUUACCGUUCCCCCUGAAGAGCAGUAUGAGUUCUUGUGGGAGCAUUUUUCCUAUCAUUUGAAGGGUGUCGAGACUUCUAGAGUCCAAGGACCUGCAAGUCAUAUUCUAUGGGCUCGCGCACGUGACUCUCUGCAAAAAGCGAUUGCGAAGUUGUCUCUCUUGGACACAACUAUGAUCAAUGGGCCGAAGGGUGUAGUCGGAGCUGCUGCGGCAAAAGGAAAAGGAAAGCAGCAAUCUGGUGGUAUCGGAUUCCCGUCGUCAACGUCCCUCGGCGUUGUCGACGCUAUGCUGCAACGUGCAUGUUUAAGGUGUAUGCAACAGCGACUGCGGUUGAACAUGGACAGAAAUUGGGCUACGACACUAAGAGAAUGCUUCGAUUUGACGCAAUUUGUACGACGCAGUAUACAAAUGGCGGAUGAGGAGGUACUAACUUCUAAUACUAGCAUUCGCAUUGCAUGUCGAAUUAUAUGUUUAUAAGACACGACUAGAAAGUAGUUGAGUAUAAUUUUUGUUUAUGAUCUAGGUUGGCUUAACAACGUCCAUUACAUAAGUACUUACAUCCGUUUAUGUAGAAGUACUUCUAGUACAACUAGUAGCAUGACUUGUACCAGUAUGACUUUGGUUUAGUUCUCGAAACUUAGACUUUGCUGUUGUUCGCUAAGCAACCUUGCAUCUGCUACGCAUCUAUCGAGACCAAGACCGAAGAGUUACCACCUCUAUCGUAUCAUGAUUCAUCAUCAGAUGAAACAAGUCCCAUCAACCCAGUAGCAAACAUUUUCUCUCUUUUUACUACGAUUCUACUGUCGAGCAUCCUUCAUUUGUAUAGGCUUUCCCUUUCCAGUAUUCUCUCAUACUAGAAGUUCUGCUAGAAGGCUCAGGUAGUAAUUGCUCUUCUUGAGCAUUUUCUCUCUUUUUACAUCAGAGGGUUUCCCUUUCCAGUAUCAUUUGUAUAGCCUUUCCAACUUUACUCUAUCUGCUCUUUUUACCACGAUUCUAUCUGCUACUCUACAUCUCGUUCAGAUCGAUGCGGAGGGUUGGCUCGUGGAGUGUCUAGAAGACUGCUUCCGCGCGAUCGCCCACGAUGAAGCGGCCAUGUUUGAAGCCGUUUACAAAACUCCGUAUAUGAUCGGAUCUCAAUCGCCCUUAGAAGAUCUGAGUCGAGUGGAGCGUGCGCUUUUAGCGGCAGUUCGGGAGGCGAUCCUCCUAAAGCAAAGUCUUCAGAGACUUGCUGGAGGACUGGUGGAAAGAGAAAGAGAGAAUCCUCAGAAGGAAGGCACUGGACCGAAUGGACCCAAAAUAGUGACAGACGAACUCCCGUUUCAGGUUCUCGUGGAUUUUAGAGGAUGA